AUGUUGAUGCACGAGAAACUAUUGACUGGGCAGUUCUUUGAUUUGAAGACUGAUCGCAAGCCCCUGCUGCAUCAUCAUCAUCAUCAUCAUCAUCUGCAGCAAUAUCAGCUGCCGCACAGCCAAUUGCAGCAGCCUUCGCACUUGGCGCUGCCCAAAAUGGAUUUGUAUGCCGCCUACGCCUAUCAGCAACAGUUGCUGUCGCUCAGCCAGCAACAGCAGCAGCCAGUUGCUGUUGCCGCCGAGGUGCUGGAUUUGUCGCGUCGCUGCGACAGCGUGGAGACGCCACGGAAAACACCCUCACCCUAUCAGACAAAUUAUAGCUACGGCAGCGGCUCGCCAGCCGCCUCGCCCACAGCCAUACCCAGCAAUCUGCUCUACUCCGCACAGGCAGCCGCCGCCGCCGCCCAACAGCAGCAGCAGCAGCAUCAUCAACUGGCCACGCUUUAUCCGGCGCUUUAUUACGGCGGCGGCAACAGCAUUAAGCAGGAGCCAAGUCCAGCUGCCAAGACGGGCAACAGCAGCGCCACCGCCACCGCCACCGCGAGCCUGUUGCAGACAUUUGCCGCUGCCUCGGCGGCAGCUGCUGCUGCUGCUGCCGUCUCUGCCAGCGCUGCGGAGCAGUCGUCGCGGCCGGCCAGCAAUGCCAGCACCAUGCAGAUCGAUGUGCUCGAGGCGCCGCAGUCUCCCAGCAGCGCCACGACCACGCCCACCAGCAGCACAGCAACACUGGCGACGACAGAUGCCAGCAAAACGACGCGUCCGUUUAAGGCAUUUCCCCGCGAUCCGCUGGUGAUAGCUGCCAAUUUUGCGGCCACCGAUGUGCUGCUGGAUAAUCCGCGCGUGGAGCGCUACACGGAGUAUCGGAAGCGUGUGCUCGAGCAGAUACGCAGCUCGAAUGGGGGCGCACGGACCGUAACCAAUCCGAAAAUGCGACGCACCAAUUCGCGCAGCGGCAGCGUCAACGAGGGCAGCAGCUCGAACAACAAUAGCGAGAGCGAGGAUCGUGCCGCCGCCGAGGAGUCCAGCGAUUGUGAUUCGCAUGCGGGCAACUUUGAGAAGCUAUCGGGCACAGGCAACGCCUCCAGCAGAUCUGCAUCGGGCGCUGCCGCGGCAGCCGCUGCUGCUGGCGUUGGCCAGGUGAAGGAUGCCGCCUACUAUGAGCGUCGGCGCAAAAACAAUGCGGCGGCCAAGAAGUCGCGCGAUCGACGACGCAUCAAGGAGGACGAGAUCGCCAUCCGGGCGGCCUAUCUGGAGCGACAGAAUAUUGAGCUGUUGUGCCAGAUUGAUGCGCUCAAGGCGCAGCUGGCCGCGUUUACCGCCAAAAUGGCUGUUUAG